AUGUCUAGGUCGAAAGAUGAUCCAUAUGACUUUGACUGUUCGUCCGUACCAGAGAAAACAAGUGAUUAUUUGAAAAAUCGUCGAUCACUUACAAGUCGAACAACUAUACCGAAAACUAGUAUUCAAAAUGAAUCAUCAAAACGGCGAGCUACACUUCAACCUAUUUCGACUGUACCACGUACAACACGAUCAGCGUUGAAAAAUGUUCUAACUCAACAGCAACCACUAUCGGAAAUCAAAAUGAAUCGAGCAAGCAUAAAUGAUGAUUUUCAUGAUAUCACAAAGGAAAAUAGAAAUAAUGACGCAUUUUCAAAACAUAAUAACAAGAAUAAAAACGAAACUGAAAAAGAUAAAGAUGAAUUAUUAACUAGUACUAAACGUUCAAAAAGAAAUGAUGGAUUGUCAUCUCCUAUCGCAGCCACGCAACCAUUUCAAGUUAGUGAACCAUCACUACUCACUGAACAUGACCAGCCAUCAAAUCGAAAAAAAAUAGCCAUUCCUGAUACUCUCGCACCACCCUUAUUUGAAGAUAAUAUCGUUAUCGAAGAGAAAAUCCAAAAACUCAAAGAAAAAUCCAGUAUUGGUCAAUCGAUAUCUCCUGUUGCUGCUGAGAAUCCUCAACUAAUUGAAAUAAAAAAUGAAAUAAUUCAAACAGACAAUGCAUUUGAAACCUCGUCAACAAACGCGAAUAACGUUGUCGUCCUUCGUUCAUCAACGGCACAAACGGAAGGAGUUACAGGCGAAGAUCAAUCGGUACAAGCCUCGGAUCAUCAAUUCUUACCUCAUACUCGCUGUUUAGAUAUUCGUCGUUGUCCAUGUGCUCAAUUAACUAACACAAUUGCCCAACUAUUAACAACAUUUUUAAAUCAAAUACGUCCAACAUUAAAUCAACGGCAACGUCAACGAAGACGUUUUUGUCCAUAUCGACGACGAAUUCGAUAUCAACAACAGAUUAGAGAACAAAAUAGUCAACAAAAUAUUAGUGAAAUCGCUGAUGUUAUACCUCAAUUCGUGCCAUCUACUGUAAAUGAAGUAGAAGAUACUGCUCAAAAUAUUGGUGAAAUGACGUUUAGUAAUCGAUCAACUAUGGUAUCUGAUACUCAACAACUUCUAGAUGAAAAACGAAAGAUUCUUAUAGAUAAUGGAGAAUGUGAACAUAUUACCGAAUUAACAUCUUCAGAAAUAGCAUUACUUAGCGAAGAACAAUUGUCAUCGAGUCCAGAACCAUUAGAUUUAAGAAAAGAAGAAAAAAAGAAAAUGACUGUAUUGGCGUGUACUUCAUUGAAUGAUCAACAAAAGGAGAAACUUCAUGAAUUUAUGCAGUAUUUCAAUUGUCAAUCAUCGUUGUUUAUUGAUGAAACAACAACACAUUUAAUAACAUCUGAACAAGACGAAACCUUGGCAUGUCCAUUAACUGGAAAAGUUAUUCAAGCAGUUGCGCGUCAUUUAUUUGUAGUAUCUUAUCGAUGGAUCAUCGAAUGUUUAAAACAAGAACGUCUUGUGAGCGAAGAUGAUUAUGAAAUACGGGGUGAUUUAACAUUUGAUAAACAACAUAAUGGUAUGAAUCGAUCAAGAACAAAUUCAACACAACUACUAUUAGAAAAUUAUGCAUUUCUAUUAAAAUGUUCGGGAUAUGGGCCGUUUGAUGAUAAUAGACCAAUUAUUGAAAUGAUUGAACUUUGUGGUGGAAUUGUUUUAAACAAUUUAACAACAGAUGUCAAUGGUAUCAAACGUCAAAUUAUUAUAUUGUGUUCAAAUGACUACAAACCAAAUAAUUUGAUAAUGGGAGCGUGUAAACGUUUGAAUGCUCAAUGUUUAAAAACACAAUGGUUGCUGUUAUCAAUAAUAAACAUGGAUUUAGCUACAAUGGAUUUAGCAUUGGAAAAAUAUAAACCAAGUGAAGCGACAAAAGAAGACGACAUGAAUAUUAAUCGUCCUUCAAGUUUAGCAUCAAUUUUAUUUCCACCUAAUUAUCAGUUCCAUUCGUCUAUUAUUCAUAUGAUUGUUCGUCCUGGUAGUAAAACAAAAAAUUUAUUAGCAUUUAUUUCACCAAAAUUCUUUCAAAAUGAUGUAAAACAAAUAACAUGGAAUGGUUAUGGUGAUAGUAUUAGUAAAGCCAUUGGAUGUGCUGAAAUAACAAAAAGACGUUUUUAUUCACAUCAUUCAAAUAAUGAAAAAAUAUAUCAAUUGAAUAAAAUUGGUUAUAAACCUUGUGAAGAAUAUUGGGAACCAGUUGACGCUAAUUCUGAAUUAGAUCGAUUAAAAGUUAAAAAAGAUAUACCGGCCAUAUGUAUUCUAUUGUCGAAAAUACCGUUAAAUGAAGAAGAUUAA